CAUCCGCCGCCCGCCCUGCACCCCGGCUGGGCUCCCCGCGGCCGGCAUGACGGCGCACUCGUUCGCCCUCCCGGUCAUCGUCUUCACCACGUUCUGGGGCCUCAUCGGCAUCGCCGGGCCCUGGUUCGUGCCGAAGGGACCCAACCGCGGAGUGAUCGUCACCAUGCUGGUGGCCACCGCAGUCUGCUGCUACCUCUUCUGGCUCAUCGCCAUCCUGGCUCAGCUGAACCCCCUGUUUGGGCCGCAGCUGAAGAAUGAGACCAUCUGGUACGUGCGGUUCCUGUGGGAGUGACCGCUGCUGCUGCUGGCUCCAGGUGCCCAGCUCUGGAUGGUCUUGGCUCUAUCGUCCCUGAUGACCCCUUCGUCCCUGCACCCCAACCCCCGAAGCUGUGUCCCGGUCCCUCUGCGCCCCCUCACCGGGGCCUGCCUGGUUGUGGCGGUACCGCCUUCCUUAGCCAGUUCCGCCCAGGACGCCCCAGCUCGGAACUCCUAGGGCCCCUCGCAUGUGGAACCGGCCCCGCCCGAGUCCUUUCACAGAAAGCCCAGGGGAGGCCCUGUGUCCCGUGAGGAAGGGGCGCCCAGCCCAGGACGCCCGCUGCCACCUGCUAUGUGACCCCCAGAAGCAGCUCUGCCUCUGAGGGCUCCCCGACCUGAGAGAUGGAGGGACUGAUGGGAGCGGGGUCACGCCCCGCCCAGUCCUGGCGUGGAGUUCUGUUAUUUUCUGACACGCUGAGAUGUGAAGUUUCUCAGACUGCUGAAGUAGUGGAAGGACAUUCGGAUGCACAAAAGCAACAGAGUGAUUUGGGUCCAGAGUGUACCCCGUGUGCUUGGCAUCCUUUGUGGCUUGGCUUGCGCGGAAACCUGUGUCGCCUCAGAAUAUUCGGGCCACCUUCUUCCCCUUCUUGCCCCAGGCCUGGACUUGGCCCCUCCUCAGCCGCUAAGUCACUUGGAGGCAGGACGACAGAUGGGGGACAGAUGGGAUGGGUGUUGGGGGGGCAGCACCUUGGCGCUUCCGGAACAGGCUGGGCUGAGCACGGUCAAACUGGGGUAACCCAGGGACCCCAGCCCUUGCCCUCGCUUCUCCCGGGAGAGCCUCAGCUGAGCCCUCAGAGCCUUGGCUGUGGCCUCAGAGCUCAUGACCCCUGUGGUCCAGCCCCUCCCACUCCGCUGUGUGCCCCUCUUCAAGGGCAUCUCUGGGCAUGGGGAUGGCUGGGUAUGAGAUGGUCCCACUGGGGUUUCUCAGCUCUGGGCUUGGCCUGUUGCUCAGAGCUCAGCUGGGGGCCUCCUGUUGAUACCUCCGCCUUUCAACCUCCCUCCCUGCCCUGACCUGCCGGGGUGGGGGUGCUUGUACUGGAGACCCCAUCUGUGUCUAGUGGGGUGGGGGUGCUUGUACUGGAGACCCCAUCUGUGUCUAGCAACGAACCUAUGGCCAACUAGUGGCAGGAUUAUGGUGGCAGCGACUGGCUGAGGCCUCCAUCGCUGGCGGCCGCCCCUGCCCACCGAUUUCCAUUUCCUCAGCCCAGGAGAGGGGGCUGGGAGCAAAGGAGGCAGAUGUGGCUCCGGGGUGUGGACGCUGGCCUGAGGGGUGGUGUGGCUGUCCAGAUUCUGCCCAGAUCGGGCCUGCAGGAGGAGGGCGGGGCCCUGACCACCACCAGCCUGCACCCCAGGUUUUAGAGCACAGCUCCUGGUCUGUGCCAUCGAUGAAGCCAGGAGCCUUAAUCUGUCUGCUCCUGACACAGGGCAUCGGUGGGGGUGGUGAGCAGAGGAAAUCCCAAGCCAAGGUCAGGGGUCCCGCUCUCUGCAGGAGACACAGGAAUUGAGGGCAGGGGAGGAACACAGGCAGUGAGUGGGGAGCAGAUCACCAAGACCGAACUGGCAGAGGCCCUUGGACCAGCCCAGAGGGCCACUCGGAGCUGUGGCAGGUUUGAGAGCAGGGGAGCAACAUGACCCUGUUGGAUUUCUAGAAUGAUCUCUGCUGGGUGGGUGGUGGACAGAAACCUGUUAGGAGGGCCCAGAUGAGAGCGGUGAUGAGGAUGGGGG